CCCAUCUGGGGCACUUAAGCCAUGUGGGAAGUUGGGCAAGAAUUGCCAAACAAAACGUUUAAUGACACAGAGAAUCCUCAAGGGCUGUAAAACAGAUAUCGAUGUUCUGAGAAAAGAUGACAAUGCGUUUUUUAGUUCGGCUGCUGCAUCAGAGAUUCCACAGUAUACUUCCACAACAUGGAAGAGUACGGAAUAGGGGUGGGAGUUUUAUGUCUCCUUGUCAUUUCACCAAUGAGAAAAGGACAAUCCUCACCAGCCCAGUCACUCUUUACCCACGUGGUCGGCACAGGCCACCGUCAGGGUCUCUCGCCAAACGUUCAGGCACUCGUCAGGACAGGAGAGCAAUCUCAGAUGAUGAAAAUAACAAUCAGCGCAAAGCACCGGAGUCUUAUAAGGGUUUCAGGAGCGAGGAGGGACUCAAGGAGGGUUGGGGCCUACGACAAUCCUCUCCUUUCAAUAAUUACAAUGUGCGAAGAUCUAGAGAUGCUGGAGCUGCUGAAAGAGGAAUGGAACGAUACAGCAGGGAAAGCCGUGAAAAAUCUAGUGGUGAAUUGAACACUUUACAGAAAAGUAAAAGAAUCAGACCACGGCCUACUGAAAAGAGCAUGAAGGCAGAAAUUAACAUGUUAGAUAUGGAUGAGAAAGAGUUUUUUCAUUCAGAUUCGGAGUCCAGUGAUGAUGAAGAUGAAGUGGAAGGGACACCAUUAUUUGAUGCAGCAAAAGCAAAGUUACUUAAGGAAACCAGCUUUAUACAUGUAGCUGAAGAACAGCGAUCAAAGCAAGAUCAAACUGCACAUGCAUAUAGACCUAACAUUGACCCUCGGGAAACCUCUAUCAUUUUAUUUCCUGGACAGGGCAGUCAGUUUGUUGGGAUGGGAAAGAAGUUACUCGGCUACUCAAAUGUAAAGGACAUGUUUGAGAUGGCCAAUGAAAUUUUAGGAUAUGACUUGUUGGAAUUAUGCCUCCAUGGCCCCAUUUCUGAGCUAAACAAGACUGUUCACUGUCAGCCGGCUGUGUUUGUGACGUCUCUUGCUGCUGUGGAAAUGAUGAAGGAUUCUAACCCCAAGGUACUGGAGAAGUGCAUCACCACCACAGGGUUUAGUGUAGGAGAAUAUGCUGCACUAGUGUUCUCAGGGGCAAUGACAUUUGAGGAUGGUCUGAAAUUGGUCAAAACCCGUGCCCAGUUAAUGCAGCGUGCAUCUGAGGAGGUUCCGGGGGGCCUAAUGACGGUAUUUUUGUGGCCCAACACCGAGUUAGGAGAGGCCAAGCAAGUUGCUAUGGAGUUCUGUCGCCAGAAAGCUGGGAUUGUCAACCCAGUGUGUAGCACUGCGAACUACCUGUGCUUUAAUGCCAAGGUUCUGGGAGGAAAUAUAGAGGCUUUGAAAUUUAUCGAAAAAUCAAAGAGUGUUUUCAACAUCCCCCGUGUCAAGCCUCUCCCCGUCAGUGGAGCAUUUCACACUGCCCUCAUGAGACCCAUUGCCCAGGAAUUUAAGAAAAAACUGGAUGGAGUCAAGAUAGCAGUUCCUCUCAUCCCAGUGCAGAGUAACGUGAAUGCCAAAAGAUAUAGAAAACCUGAUGUAAUUAAGAAAAUGUUGGUGAAACAGUUAUAUUCCCCAGUCAAGUGGGAGCAGAUUAUGCAGACAUUAUACGCAAGGCCCAAAGACUCAGCAUAUCCAGACACGUAUGAACUUGGGCCUGGAAAACAGCUGGGUACGUUACUGAAGUCUGUGUGUCAGUCUGCACAUAAAAACUACAUGGACACAGAAGUAUAG